GUCGGCUACAUCCAAGUUCAACACAAAUAUCGUUGUGCAAUCGGUUCGAAGGAAUUAUGGCGAGUCGCGUUGUUUUCGUGCGUAAAACCUAAAAUCGUAAUGCUAUGGGUGAGAUAAUCGCUUUGAAAGUAUAUGACAAGUGUUUCGAGCGUUACAUUUUAGUAAAUCGCCGUUCUUUCGACCACAAAAUGGAUUUUACAAGUUCGCGAUAAUGGACUAUUUCGACGCCAGUUUCUUGUACAUCACCGGAUGCGAGGAUGUCCUACAAGACGACAGGCUUGGCCCAUGCGACCUGCAGGACCCGGUUUGGGGUAAGAUGAACUCCUUGACGGCCGGCGUCAAUAAGAAAAGGAAAAAAUCGGAGACAAAACCUCAAGCUCAAAUCAACAAAUGCAACAAUGAGAAACGUCGCCGUGAACAGGAGAAUAUCUACAUAGAAGAACUGGCCGAGCUGAUAUCCGCCAAUUUCGCGGACAUGAGCUCGUUGUCGGUAAAACCCGAUAAGUGCGCCAUUCUUCAGGAAGCAGUUAACCAAAUCAGGAGUAUCAAACAGCAGGAAAACGCCACCCAAUCGACCGACCCCGUCCAACAAGGGGAAGUCUCGUCCUCCAGGCCGACGAUACUCUCCAACGACGUCUACGGGCCUCUGCUCCUGGAAGCGUUGGAGGGGUUCCUGUUCGUUGUCAACAACGAGGGAAAGGUGGAACAUGUAACGGACAACGUUUCGACUUACAUAAAAUUCACGAAAGAAGAUGUAUUGGGCAAGAGCAUUUACAAUUUCAUCCAUCACGGUGACCACGCGAAGUUCCAUUCGAACCUGCUCCCCAUGACAAUUGAGUGGGGUACGGAGCAGCAAGUCAACAAAUCGAAAUCGAUCGAUAUACGGCUGCUGGUGAAGCCGCCCGACGAUCUGGACGAAACGAUCGAGGAGAAGCAGCAGCGGGUGAGCAGCUACGAAUUGAUGCAUAUAUCGAGCACGCAGCUUCGCGAUCACCUUUCGAUAUCCGAGGAAGACGGUAGUGAUAGUGGACCGUGUCUGUUGUGCGUCGCGUCGAGGAUCUCGCACAGGGACGCGAAUUCGUGCAGCAUCGAACAGUUUACCACUAAAUUGGACACAUCGGGUAAGGUUAUUUGCGUGGACACUUCGGGUUUGCCGGAUACGGUGGCGCAAUACAUUAAGGAACUGAAAAAUCGGGCCAUCAGGGAUUUGGUGCCGCAGCAGGAAGUGCACAAAAUUACCGCCCAUUUGAGGGAGACUAUUAAUUCGGGACAAUCGUCGAGCGCGAUUUAUAGGCUUCAAAUCGGACCCGAUAAGUUAGUACAAGUACAGACUAAAUCGAAAUUGUUCAAGACCAAUCCCCAUUCGAAUUCUGAUUUGGAUUUUAUUAUGGCAACGCACUCCAUCAUUGGCGAAAACGAUCUCGUAGGUCAAACGGAUGCGAGCAACGCCAACAGCAACCCAUCGAAUACGGGAGUCGGGGGACCUUUGUUGCCCAACGUGGUGAACGGCAACCGCAACGGCGUGCCCCUAAGUUCGGCCAGCGAGAGCUUCGCCAACGCCCUAUUGAACACCAGCACCACCUUCAGCACCUUCAAUCUCGACAACGAUUUCAACCUCGACAUUUUCCCAUCGUCCACGUUGGAAUUGGAAUCCAACAGUUGGCCCGAAGGUCGACCGGAUUCGAGGACGAGCAUAACGCCGACGCCGCGCCCGCCCAGCAACCCAUCCUACAGCAAUGCGCCCACCGUAGUGCAAUCGUCGCCGUUCUCGUCGCAGCCGAGCCCGACGAUGGCGAAUCCGCCGACGCCGGUCUCGGGCAAUCCGUACGGCGGCAACUUCUUCGGCUCGAUGAACGAGCAAGGGUACUCGAUGGGCGAGCAACAGCAACAACAACAGCAGCAACAACAGCAGCAGCAACAGCAGCAGCAGAAGGAUACCAAAGCGAACGUCCUGGAGGACGGCGGCAUGUCGAUGGCCGAUUCGAAUAAGUUGAGGAUAUUGCUGACGCAACGGCAGAACGUCAACAGCGAGACGGACGACAAGACGAGAGAUCCGAUAUUGACGGGCCUGCUGAACCAGAAGGACGAGGAGAGCUUGAGGAACGACAACAGGAGCAGUCCGAGGAGUUUGAUGGGCCGGACGGGAUCGAUACCGGGCCCGUCGGAUCCGCCGAAGAGUUCCUCUACUGCCGGGAACAAUAUGCUUAGAAUUUUAUUAAACAAGAGCGACGACGACGAUUUGGAGUCGAGAGCGGGAGUGAAGAAGAAGAGCGAAUUGUUGCAGCAACUGUUGAAUCCCAGCCGGGACGGAGACGACGACAAGAAGAACGAUCUUCAAUGCAACAACGACGCUCAGUGCAAGGACGUUCUGAUGAGAGUGUUAGGUUUUCCGCCGUCGCCGACGGACAAAAGCAGGAAAAGAUCAAUCGACGAUAAGGACGAUAAUACCAAUAGUAAACGAAGCACCGACGGUUCGCAGGUAUCGUCAUCGGCCACGAAGAAAGGUAGUACGUUACGAGAACAAAACAAGAUGUUGGCGAUGUUGUUGGAUAAACAAAAUCCGACCCCGCAAACGAUUCCGCCGAUUCCUACCACAGUGAUCACUGCCAAACCUUAUGACUCACUGCCAAAGAUCUCUGACCCUAACAAAUCUAUACAACUCGUUAUGAAUCAAAAUUCAAUGAACAACAGGAUGGGAGUCAAUAGAAUGGCUGGUCGUCCAUUUCAACAAACCGGAAACUACCUCAACGUUCUGUCCAAUACUAAUAAUUCUAAUAAUAAUAUGCAACGCAACGAUAGCCGCCAGAUGAAUCAGGUGAAUUCGAAUUGUUUCACGUCGCCCGCCACCUCGACCACCGACAACAACGCUCUGUGGGACAACAACAUCCAGGCCUCGGAUCCGCUGCUGUCGGAGCUCCUCGAUCAAGUUAUAGAUUUCGUGCCGGACGAAAUGAACAUGCCCGACAACGUCGACGGACAGCAGAACAACAAUUUCGCCCUCAGCGAAGCCGUCGCCAUCAACAACAUCCAGAAGGUGCUGAUGCAGUGCGAGAGCGUUCUCAAAAGUCCCGGAUCGCCUCCGAUCACUUUAUCGAGCAACACUCCUCCCGCGUAUUCUUCGUCGAACCUGAAUCAAAAUUCCGCUGGCGUUUUUCCGCCGCCGCCGAACUAUUCGCAAGCAAAUAAAUUUCAAAGGAUGCAAAUCCGCGGCUCGGCCGUCGGCGGUAAUCAGCAAUUUUCGAACGCCGCCCUGCAGCAAUUGCAGAGGAAGCAGCUGUUGUACCAGCAGGAGCAGAAACGGCGUUUGCUAAUGCAGCAGAAACAACAACAUUUGUUGAUACCGUCCAAUGCCGCAGCUAACGCCAACGAAAUAUCCAAUAACAUUAAUUCUAUACAGAGCAUCGAUAGCCUUUUGAAUAACACGGUGGCGCCGAACGUGUCGUUGCAACGUUCGUCGAGCGUACCGAACGAGCCUCAGUUAUCGCCGCCUUACGGUCAGACGUCCAGAGUGAGCAAUCAACAGCCUUAUUCGCCGCAUUCGCAGCUGGGUUCGCCCGCCUUUCCGCAAACUACCUCCGUCGGCAAUUACCAGAAUUCCGGCGCCGGCAUGUCGCCGCAGUCGCAAUUCAACGCCCAAUUGUCGCCGCGACAAGCCUAUCCCCAAAGCAACGCCCAGAACGCGACGUGGCAACAGCAACAGUCCAGGAUGCAGCAGAAUCCGAUGCUGAGCGCCCAGCUUACCAGACCGCCUCAGCAACAGCAGAGGUCCAUCAACAGUCCUGGAUCGGUAUCGAAUAGGCAUUCGCCCUACGGUACAAACGAUCAAUUUCCGCCGCCGAAUUCUCCAAAUUCGGCGUAUAAUAAUCAGUACCUGAGACAUCAGCGCGCGAACAGCGUGCCGAACGCGACGACGCAGCUGCCAGGUGGGCUGGGAUCACCCCGGUCAUACACAGGCAGGGACCACCAUCCUCACCUUUAUCCUCCCGUUCCUCCCCAUCCGCACACUGUUCCUCCCAUGAUGAGUUACCAACAAGAUUCCUCCCAGUACUGUUACGAUCAGACGGGUAUACCAAUAGCCUACAAUGGCUCGGACAGGGGUCGGGCUCCCCCGCCUCACCUUCAGCCUGGUGUAUCGGGCAGCAAUCCGACGUCGGAGUUCGUGCGGCAGGAAUUGCGCGCCGUCGUCGGAGCGAGGACGGCGCAAUCCCAACCGGCGGCGGGAGCGACGGCGCCGCCGAACAGGCCGCCCUCGCAAAUGCAACUGUCGCAACAGCAGCAAGUCAAUGAUCUCGAAACUCUAGGACUCAAUUUCGAUAAUAUGCCUACCGGUGCGAGUGAUAGCCCAAAACUGUGGGGCGCGAUGGGUUCAGAUAUGGGCUCAAUGUCUCCGCAGCCAGUCAACUCGAGGAAUACUAUGGAGGAGGGUCGACAAGGUGAUCAGAAGUCAUCGCUUCUGCAGAAAUUGCUCUCGGAGUGA